UGCUUGGCCAUCCAUGCCCAGUCUUCUCCGUUCUUUUCCAUGAAUCAGUACAACUAUUUCCGCAAAUCCAUCUUCAUUUGACGUUCUGUUUCUUCUUGAAUAUUCAAGCUAAGUUAAACAGUACAUAUACCAAACUUAUUCAUUCAGUCGAACCGAUUCAAGAUGGCCGCUGUUACCUCCACCCCUACCGAAGUUCCACAAUUCCAGAUCGUCUCCAAGAUCGACAGCAUCCCUGUUGUCCACGACUCUGUCGCUUAUGCCCAGAGCCUCAUCAACUCCAACAAGCUCUCUGCGAAGCUUUAUGAAACUGCCGUCGGUGUGGCUUCCAAAAGCUAUGAUGUUGCAACUCCCGUACUCACAAGGACUAAACCUCUGUUAGAAUCUGCUGAUGGCCUUGCUGUUGCAACUUUCGACCGAGCGGCAGCCACCUUCCCCUAUCCUUUUAAGACUCCUACAGAGGAAUUGAUCGUUGUAAAGCAAGCCAAAGGUGUUUACGAUAAUAAACUCCACCCUGCCAUCUCUGGAGUAAUUGCUAAGGCUGCUUCUGUAAAUUCUGCUAUUGGCGCCCGCGCCUCCGCCACUAUCCAUACUUCGCAAGACCUCGCCCACGCUCUUUUGGAGCAGCUUCGUCAAAUUACUGAACAUGGUGUCCAGCUUCCAUCUGCGUUGUUCGAGGGUGCUUCAAAGGCCAGCAAUGAUGUAAAAGAGAUCGUAUUCGCCAAGGAAGUAUCUGUUCAGGAAAAGUCAAAUAAAUUUGCGUCUUACGUUCUGGAACAAGCCAAACCUUUGAUUGAGGAGAUCUACAACUAUGUCUACACUGCUAAGACAAAGGCUGCGGAGAAGGGAAACAAUACGGCUGAGGAAGCCAGUGAGGCUUCUGACAAGGUUGCUGACAAAGCCAACGGUGGCGUUGAACAUGUCGAGAAUGGCCAGUAAUUCAUUACUUGACUUUUUUUAAGAAGAAUUAUUCUCUACAGCGGCUCUGUUUAUAAACUUUUUGUGAUAUUUUGACCGUAAUAAAUAGAUUGUCUUAAAGGGCAUAAACCCUGACGCUUUUGUUGAAGUGGCUUGUCUGAUUGUGUCUACGAUUUGUGAUAGAUGUAUGUCGUAUAUUUGGAAACCUGCAAUAUCGAUGGGAAGGUGGGUUAUACAACUUCAUGAAGGUCAUCAAAUGAUCACAA